AGCUGAGAGAGUCGACUGGAUAACAACACAGAAAGAGAAAUUCUGUCAGUGAAAUAAGAUGGAUGGAGACAAGGCUCAAUAUUCACGCCUUAUGGAGUCUCUGAAGAGGAGACAGCGGCUAGGCCCUGACGAGCUUAGACUUAUAGCUGAACAUGACAGCGAUGAAGAUCAUGAAGGCAUGACCAUUGAAGAGGAGGACUUCAUGGACAUGGAGCUCCUGGAUGAAGGGGAAGAAGAGGAUGAAGAGGAGCAAGAUGAGCAGAGGGAUCAACCAACAACCUCCUAUCGGUCAAAGUUCAGUGUGCAUUGUUCAUUGGAAUGAGGUAAUUUGAGGCAUUUCCCUCACCUUCAACGCUGAGAGGAC